GUAACAUUAUUUGUAAAAAAUUGGCAAAGGCGCGUGAAAAUAUUCGGUGCGCUGAAAAAUCGGCGGAUUUAAAGAGCUGAUGCCGCUGAAGCCAGCCACAAAGAUAUUGGAAAGCGCAGGGACAGUGUCACUCCCGAACAGCGAGUAAAAUUGCGCCGGAUCGCAACGCGCUUACCCCCGAAAAACCGAGCCUAAAACAUAGGAAGAGCCGAAAGAGGUCGUGAAAAUUUGGCGCCUUGCGUUGUGAAACGUAUCAGCCCCGCCGCGAGUUUAUAGUUUCGAAGUGCCAAGCGUGUGUUUACAAGGAUUGCCAUUGAAAAUUUAAGAGUUAAGAAAGCAAAUCAACAAAAUGCCAAUUUGCAAGCGGGAGGGAUUUGACCUGAAUCAGGAGGAGGGCAAAAACGAAACAUUCCACGACAACGACCUGGUUUUCUGCUGCUACAUUACCAAGCGCAUUUUCCGUGACUAUGAACACUACUUCCGACACGUGAUGGCUAUCAACUCUACAGUGUGGCAGUGCGAGGCCACCGGCAAGGAGAACCUCACUUACGAGGAGGCGGUGAAGAGCGAACGGGCGGCGCGCAAGAAGAUGGAGCAAUUCAAACAGAGCCUCCGGGCACCCGUGCUCCUGGUGGUGGAGCACGCCCGCCAGUCGUCGGUCAACACUCUGAACAUGAUGGUGGCCAAAUUCCUGCGCAAGCGCUUCUUCAUUGGCGAGGAGGUUACGGUGCAGGCCAAAAAGAACACCUCCUACACGGUGGUAGGCAUCACGUUGGACAAAAGUAUGCCGGAACCAGGAAAUGGCGUCUUUGAGGAGACCGACAGCCUGGUCUACAGACUCCGCCCGAACAAGGGAAAUCCCGCUGCGGAGGUUGAGCUGCCCUUCAAGCUACUGCGUCGCUCGCGAUUGGAGUUCAACCUGGAAAACCUGAAUAUGUUCAUCAAGAGCAAUGUGUCUCGCGUGGAUGGACUCCUGCGACCCAAACCAGAGGCUUACAAGCAAUACGUGACGGACCACGGCGUGAGCUUUUCCACCAUUUUCAUUGGCAAGAUGCCGCGCUACUCACCCGCUAAGAUCAGAAAACCCGAUACCAAGGAUGCCAAGAAGCAAUCCACCCUGAACAAAUACAUUGUGGCUGAUGAGGCUACGGCUGCUAAGUCCAAGGCGAAGGCCAAAUCCGAUGCCAAAUCUCUGGCGGAGGAAAUGGAGCGUGUAAGGCUGGAAAAGGAGGCCAAAAUUAUUGAACUUGAGAGGCAAAAGGCGGAGAAGAAGGCCCAGUUGACAGAGCGAGUUGAGAACGAAUGCAAUUUGCUGCUCCAGAAGACCGACGAUCUGGAGCGAAACGACCAGAAAGUGCUGCCACGCUACAGACAAGUUGUCACCCUGCUGCCUGAGCGAAUGCUGGGCGAUGCCUUCACGCUGCGCGAGUUUAUGCACACGUACGCAGGACUGCUGUCUGGCAUCGAAGUGUUCCGCCAGAACCUGAGCUUCUACGAGAUGACCCGAGCGCUGAGUGCCCGUGAGAUUGCGGGUCCACUGUCAGAUAUUCUCCUCGUGCUCCUUGGUACGGUUUUCGAUUUGCAGAAGGAGGAGGAGGAGGAGUGUGCGGUGACCUACCUGGAUCGGGCGGCCCAAACAAACGAGCCCUAUUGGAGUAUGGCGCAGGCCGCCAAAAGCCACUUGUACGCCAAGAGGCACUUUUCCUUUAAGGUUAACCAAUUGCCUCUGGAUGCACUGACUCUAAGUGAAGUGCUGCGCCUGCAUCUUCUCGGAUCCGGAGCUAUCGUAAGUGAGAAGACGGAGCGAUGGAGAGUGAUGUACCGGAACGGCUACUCCUCGAAAGAAGAUCCCGGCUUGGAGCUGCGCCUACAGCACUCAGACAUUCUGCGCACUCUUAAAAACCAUUCCGUAUAUCAGCUUAAGUUCAGGGACAUAAUGCACUUGAUCCGCUGCCUGAUGUCUCAGAUUCUCACGUACUCUGGCACCAUUAAUGUGAUUGAGGAACGCAUGGAGCAGACAGCAAAGGCCAAACAGGAACUGCGAGCAUUAGUCAUCGGGGAAAAUAAACGACUGGCCGCCGUGGAGAUCAAUAGGAAAAAACUUACCCAAUCGCACCAACUCGAGGUCAGUGCCGCUGAGCCAGAAAAAAGGGAAGCAAUGGCUGAGAAGUUAAACAAGAGCAUUGCGGAGCUUCUCGCCCAAUCGGAUCAGCAACAUCGCAAGCACGAGCGGCAGAUGCUCAAGCUUCAUUCGCAGUUGUUUAAUUUCUUGGUAUACCUCGGCAUGGAUAGAUGCUAUAGAAAGUACUACGUUUUGGAGUCCAUGUCGGGAAUAUUUGUUGAACACUCGCCGGACAGCCAGGACACUUGUUUGAAGCAUCCGCCUGCAAACAAGUCGCAACUGGAGAUUCGCCAGCAAGCUACGUUGCCUAGGAUUCGCAAGGACUUGAGGUUAUACCUUCUCAAACUCUAUGGAGACGAUGAUAAGAAGACCAGGAAAAGGGUUAAGCAUUCGCUUGAGAACAAGGAGAACCAAGAGCAUCAUCUCAACGGCAGUGCCGAACCCAUGGAAGUGGAGUCGGAUCCUCCGGAGGCUCCCACUCAGUUCGAGUUGAUGAUGUGCAGCGGUGAUAAGCGAAAUUGUAUUGUGCACGAUCCCAGAAACGGGCAACGCCAACGAUGGUCUUACAUUUACAAACCCGAGGAGAUCGAGGAGCUAAUUAGCGCACUGAAUCCCAAUGGACUUCGUGAAUACAAUUUACUUCAAGAACUUUCCGUUCUGCGACCCCUCAUCGAACAGCACGUAAAGUCCUGCCCAGUCGAGGUGCUUACCCUGGAAAACGAAUCAUUGCGCAAAAAGUUCCUGGCAACGAUGGAAUCUGAAACCCAACGCAAGUACGGGGACGCCAACUUUGGACUGCCAAACGGGUCUGAUUUGAACGAAGUAAUGCGAUUACAUUUGGUGGAGCGCAUUAUUCAAUUCGAAAGUGAUAUUUUCACAGGCGAUCUUGGCCGCCUAAAAGUCAAGGAUAUGGAAAAGUGGCGUAACGAUCUGCUCGCAGGCAGGUACGACGCGCAGGGCAAGUUGCAGUGGGGUCCAGGUGGCAAACUAGAAGAAGAAGCAGCCAAUGGUUCUGACAACGAAUCGCUUGGCACUCACGAGGAAGAUGAUGUGGCUCUGUGGGGUAAAUUUGCCAAGAAGCCAUACCGCGAUCCCGGCUUGUAUUUGGCCGCUCCUACGGAGACAGAGUCCUCCCCAGACAGUGACGAUGAGGAGGAUCAACCUACUUACGCCGUCUCCAUUCCAAUCGCGGUGCGCAACCUGGCCUCGGCUCUCCUCCAAGUGGAGCAGGCCAUUGGAAAGCGCUUCCUUAAAGAACCCUACGGCAUGAAGAAGUGGGACCCCAAGCAGGAGGCACUGAGGCUCGCCUGCGACUCGCGUCUGCACCAAUGGGAGGUGUCGCUAAUGGAGAGCACGAGCUUUGCCCAGGUGUUUCUUCACCUCAACAUCCUGCACGACCUCAUCCAGUGGAGGCGGUCCACCAACAAGUCCUUAUGCAAGGUCUGCCGGCGAGGCAGCGAUCCGGAGAAGAUGCUGCUGUGUGACGAGUGCAACGCUGGCACCCACAUGUUUUGCCUGAAGCCCAAGCUGAGGUCCGUGCCUCAGGGUAACUGGUAUUGCAAUGACUGCGUGAAGAGCCUGGGUCUUAGUAGCGCCCAAAACGAAAAGGAUAAAAAGCAGGCCUCAAAAAAGAAACGCAAGUUUAUUGUAGAAGCAGAGGAUGAGCCUACGGAAGAAGAAGAAGAGGAGGAGAAAGAUGAGGAGGAAGCGGAUGAGGAUGAAGAUGAGGAAGAGGAUGAGGUUGAAGAUGAGGAUGAGGAUGACGAUAAGUCGGAUGAGGAUAACGAGUACGAAGCACAGACGGAUGACGAAAGCGCGGAGUCCACCACCCGCUCCUCUGUGAAGAUCAACGGGCGACCUUCGAGAAGACCGCGCCCAAGACCCACGGGCAAGCGACUUAGAUUUAAAAAGAUUGAAGAGGCUGCCGAGAAAGAGACCGAAAGCGAUGAAGCUUCCUCAACAGACGAAGAGAAGUCCCAUGAUGAGAAGGUCUGUAACAAGUGUUUCUACGAAGGCAGCGAUAUUAGAUGCGUAGUCUGCCUUUUAACCUAUCAUCUGGAGUGCGUCAAUCUCAAGCGCCCGCCACGCACGGAAUUUGUGUGCAUAAAGUGCAAGCCAGAGCCACAGCGACAUAGGCGCCGACACAGCAACAUGAAUGGGGACGACGACCACGAUGAGGAUGAACCACAAGCCAAGCGCUCCCGCUCCUCUCGCCACUCUUUGCGCUUGCCCAUCGAUAAGUCCGCCCCGCAGAGCAACGGAAAUAACAAAAACAACAACAACAGCAGCACCAAUAACAAUAACCAUCGGAGGGGCGGUCGAAGGACGAACGAGAACCUGCCGUUGAACAGCUCUGCCUUGUAUGAUCUGCUAGAACAGAUCAUGAAGCACAAGGCCUCUUGGCCGUUUCUACGACCUGUGCUGACAUCGGAGGUGCCGGACUAUCAUCAGAUCAUUAAGUCACCAAUGGAUCUGGCCAAGAUCAAGUCCAAACUGAACAUGGGCGCUUAUCAGCUGAACGAGGAGCUGCUAAGCGACAUCCAGUUGGUGUUCAGGAACUGCGAUUUGUACAACGUUGAGGGCAACGAAAUAUACGACGCUGGCUGUCAACUAGAGCAAUUCGUGAUUGAGCGCUGCAAGGACAUGGAGCUGCCGUUCAGGCCAAGCGACAUGAACGAAAAAAUCGAAGCCUACUGAGGCGAACGCUGAUCUCCGCCAGCUAUCGUGUAAAUUAAUUAGCCUACUCCUAGCCGUAGUUGAAACCAAUCUAGAUUCAAGCUCAACCAUUCUCAGACUUGAGUAUACUUAAAGAUGUUCCCUUUUUUUAAUCUUCGCAUUUACGUGCAUACCAGUUCAAAGUUCAACGCACAAGCAAGAAAAUUCUUAUCUGUUGGUUUAUGAAACAUAAUGUAUUUAUAAAUUAUUGAAGCCAUUACGAAAAUUCCACAAUCAAUAAAUGAAUUGAAAGAAUACAAUCAAA